GCAGCGGCCGAAAUGGAGGUUGAGGAUUUAAGCGGCAAGGAAUUGACUAUUGAUUCCAUAAUGAACAAAGUGAGAGAUAUUAAAAAUAAAUUUAAAAAUGAGGACCUUACUGAUGAGCUAAGCUUGAAUAAAGUCUCUGCUGAUACUACAGAUAAUUCAGGAACUGUUAAUCAAAUUAUGAUGAUGGCGAAUAAUCCAGAAGACUGGUUAAGUUUGUUGCUCAAACUAGAAAAAAACAGUGUCCCCCUAAAUGAUGCUCUGUUAAAUAAAUUGAUUGGUCGUUACAGUCAAGCAAUUGAAGCACUUCCUCCAGAUAAAUAUGGCCAAAAUGAGAGUUUUGCUCAAAUUCAAGUGAGAUUUGCUGAAUUAAAAGCUAUUCAAGAACCAGAUGAUGCACGUGACUACUUUCAGAUGGCCAGAGCAAACUGCAAGAAAUUUGCUUUUGUGCAUGUAUCUUUUGCACAAUUUGAAUUAUCACAAGGUAAUAGCAAAAAAAGUAAACAGCUCCUUCAUAAAGCUGUAGAAUGUGGAGCAGUACCACUAGAAAUGUUGAAAAUUGCCAUACAGAAUUUAAACCUCCAGAAAAAGCAGCUGCUUUCAGAGGAGGAAAAGAAGAGUUUAUCAGCAUCUACAAUAUUUCCUGCCCAAGAAUCAUUCUCCAGUUCACUUGGACAUUUACAGAAUAGGAAUAUCAGUUGCGAUUCCAGAGGACUGGCUCCUAAGGCCAGGUUUUUGUAUGGAGAGAACAUCCCCCCUCAAGAUGCAGAAAUAGGUCUUCGGAAUCCCUUAAAACAAGCAAACAAAUCUAAACUGUCAUGCCCAUUUGGAAGAAUUCCAGUUAAUCUUCUAAAUAGCCCAGAUUAUCAUGUGAAGACGGAUGGUUCUGGCUUACACAGUUUUACAAAAAGACAGACCUCUGGAUCAGAAUGCCGAGAUUUGAGUGUUCCUGGAUCUAAAUCAAGUGGAAAUGACUCCUGUGACUUGAGAAAGCUAAAGGCUGUUCAAAAUAUCCAUUCUAAGGAAACUCUGCUGUCAGAUGAGAAAAGUUAUGAGCUUUCUACUGAUUCAGUAACCCUGAAGAAUAAAACUGAAUCAAGUCUUCUAACUAAAUUAGAAGAAACUAAAGCACAUGAAGAACCAAAGGUUCCAGAAAGUGACGAGAAACAAUGGCAAUCUAAGAAAGAGUCAGAAUGUGUACACCAAAAUCCUGUUGCAUCUUCAAAUCACUGGCAGAUUUCAGAGCAGAAACAUACCACUUUUGAGCAACCUGCCAUUUCGGUUUUAAAACAAUCACCACCAAUACCAGCACCUAAAUGGAUUGAUCCAAAAUCUAUUUGUAAGACACCAUGCAGCAAUACCUUAGAUGAUUACAUGAGCUGUUUUAGAACUCCAGUUGCAAAAAAUGACUUUCCACCUGCUUGUCAAUUAUCAACACCAUAUAGCCAACCUGCCUAUUUCCAGCAGCAACAGCAGCAAAUACCAGCUACUCCGCUUCAAAAUUUACAGAUUUCAGCAUCCUCUUCAACUAAUGAAUGCAUUUCAGUUAAAGGAAGAAUUUAUUCCAUAUUGAAGCAGAUAGGAAGUGGAGGUUCAAGUAAGGUAUUUCAGGUGUUGAAUGAAAAGAAGCAGAUACAUGCUAUAAAAUAUGUGAACUUAGAAGAAGCAGAUAAUCAAACUAUUGAUAGUUACCGGAAUGAAAUAGCUUAUUUGAAUAAACUACAACAACACAGUGAUAAGAUCAUCCGACUUUAUGAUUAUGAAAUUACAGACAAGUAUAUCUAUAUGGUAAUGGAGUGUGGAAAUAUUGAUCUUAAUAGUUGGCUUAGAAAGAAAAAAUCAGUUAAUCCUUGGGAACGCAAGAGUUACUGGAAAAAUAUGUUGGAAGCAGUUCACACAAUUCAUCAACAUGGCAUCGUUCAUAGUGAUCUGAAACCUGCUAACUUUCUGAUAGUUGAUGGAAUGCUAAAGCUAAUUGAUUUUGGGAUUGCAAACCAAAUGCAACCAGAUACAACAAGUAUUGUUAAAGAUUCUCAGGUAGGCACAGUUAAUUAUAUGCCACCAGAAGCAAUCAAAGACAUGUCUUCCUCAAGAGAGAACGGGAAAUCAAAAUCAAAGAUCAGUCCCAAAAGUGAUGUUUGGUCCUUAGGGUGCAUUCUGUACUAUAUGACGUAUGGGAAAACACCAUUUCAACAUAUAGUUAAUCAGAUUUCUAAAUUGCAUGCUAUAAUUGACCCUAAUCAUGAAAUUGAAUUUCCUGAUAUUCCAGAGAAUGAUCUUCAAGAUGUGCUAAAGUGCUGUUUAAUAAGGGACCCUAAACAGAGGAUAUCCAUUCCUCAACUACUGGCACAUCCAUAUGUUCAAAUUCAAACUCAUCCAGGUAGCCAGGUGAGUAAGGGAACUACUGAAGAAAUGAAAUACGUUCUGGGCCAACUUGUUGGUCUGAAUUCUCCUAAUUCCAUUUUGAAAGCUGCUAGAACUUUAUAUGAGCAGUAUAGUACUGGUGAAAACCAUGAUUCCUCUUCAUCAUCCAAGACUUUUGAAAAAAAAGGGGGGAAAAGAUGAUUUGCAACUACUCAUAGACUAUCAAAUAACACCUAUAAAAUAUAUCGGACUGUUGUACUCUUGAUUCUCUUUGGACAUAUGCUCUUGCAGACCACGUAACUCUGAAAUGUUGUCAGCAGGAAAACUCAGUAGAUUAUCACCAAAAGAAAACUGUAAAAAUAACAACCACUAAUUGUACUGAAUAUGUUAAAUUGUAGAAUUGUUUUUCUCUAUUUUAUGCUUUCCUGUAAAUCUCAUCUAUUUGAUGUCAUUUCACACUUGGAAUAGGGAGUGGACAACUAAAAUAUUUUCUGAAGAACCAUGUAAAUAAAGCUUUGUAGCACAUAACACUAAAAUUUCAAAGUUGUAAAUUUAUUUGCUUCAGACAAAUAUAUUGUUGGUAUAGCAGCAAAAUUCUUAAUUAGAAUUGGAUUGACGGAAGAAACAGUAGUAGACCUUAAUAAUGAGCUUUGGGGGAAAAUAAAAACUCCCAAAGGUUCUGAGUUCUGAGAUCAAUUUCUUAUUUCUUUAUGAUACAGUCCAUAGUUUUGGAGCUGCACAUGUCUCCCUCAAUUCAUCCUUUGAUUCUUCAUAGUAUCUAUUGUUUUUGGUGCUUAGAGUAUUUUGCUGGGUUGUGUGGUAUAAGUUUUAUAGGGCAUGCCCUCAUUCCAUGACUUGUUUGGUAAUGGAUAAUUACAAAUAUGAGUCCAGAAUCUCUUGACUGAGUCUCAUAGUUUAAAGGUAACAUCACAUAAUAUUCUUUUCCCAAAUUUUUAAUCUGUUAUUGGUUUUCAGGGUUAUUGGUUUUAGGUUAAUGGAAUAUUAUCGAUAACUAGCUUUCUGUUCAAGCUAAAGCUGGAGUUUUGUAAACAUGUUCAUGGAAAAGACAUGGUACAAAUCCAACCUGGGAGUCAGAAAUUUAUCUCACAUGUGAAUUUAUCCCACGUAUC